UCGGGAACAGGGAAGGGGACGCGGCGCGGCCGCUGCAGGAAACCGUGAGGGAGUCGGCGGCGGCGAGGAACCCACGACAGCCUCCAGCCUCUGGCUCUGACGGCCGGUUCUCCUAAGGCGACGUGUCAGUGUGUGUCCGGGGACCCCCGCAGGCAGAGCCCAGCACCCCGACACAGGGGCCGAGCCCGGUGUAGACGAGGCGCUACUCACGUUGGGAUCCCACACUGCAGACCCUUCCCUCGGUCCUGGGGGUCAGUAGUGACCCGAGGGUGAGCGGUCCUCUGGGAAAGCGGCUUUGGGGUCCUGGGUGUCUCCGUGUCUGUCUGUCUGUCUGUCCCUCUGUCCCUGACUGUCCCCACACUCCCAGCCCGGUCCUGCCCUCCAGGAACGCUGAGGCUCUUUUCUCUCGAGGCCACGUCCCCCGAGCGACUGGCUGCUGUGCGCUCCGUGCUGACCGCUCCACCCGCUCCCUUCCUCCGGCCCCACCCGCCGCCUGUGAUGGGCUCGCAGGUCUGCACCGCCGGCCGCGGCCCCAGCCCCAGCCUGGCCGGGGCCUCGGGCGCCAACGCGGACUGGAUGUCGGCGCUGUGCCCGCGGCUGUGGGACGUGCCCCUGCACCAGCUCUCCAUCCCAGGGAGCCACGACACGAUGACGUACUGCCUGAACCGGAAAUCCCCCAUUUCGCCCAACGAGUCCAGGCUGCUGCGGCUGCUGGCCAAGGUCCUGCCGUGCAUCACCCAGCCCGUCGUGCUCAAGUGGUCUGUCACCCAGGCGCUGAACGUGACGGAGCAGCUGGACGCCGGGGUGCGCUACCUGGACCUGCGUGUGGCACACAUGCUGGAGGGCUCUGCCAGGAACCUGCACUUCGUGCACAUGAUGUACACGACCGCGCUGGUGGAGGACACGCUCACGGAGAUCUCAGAGUGGCUGGAGAACCACCCCCGGGAGGUGGUCAUCCUGGCGUGCAGGAACUUCGACGGCAUGACGGCCGACCUGCACGAGUACCUGGUCACCUGCAUCAAGAACAUCUUCGGGGACAUGCUGUGCCCCCGUGGGGAGGUGCCGACGCUGCGCCAGCUGUGGGCGCGGGGCCAGCAGGUCGUCCUGUCCUACGAUGACGAGUGUGCCGUGCGCCGGCACCGGCAGCUGUGGCCGGCCAUCCCCUACUGGUGGGGGAACCAGGUGAAGCCGGAGAAGCUGGUCCGCUACCUGGAGCAGAUGCAGUGCUGCGGCCGCCCAGGUGGGCUGUUUGCUGGCGAGUGGACGGGGCUGGAUGCCGGGAGGCCGGCGGGCACCUCCACCGCCCAUCGAGGUCUCCUCAAAGCCCGGCUCUCGGACCCCGUUCCCUAUGUCCCCAGCUUCUGGAGGCUUCCAGUAGUGCUGGCCUCAUGGCCCGUGACCCACCUGCAAAGCUUCGUCUGA